AUGUCCAAGAAGAACGAUACUCAGAAGAACGUGGUCAUCGUCGGCGGCGGCUUCAUAGGCUCCGCCGCCGCCCGCGAGCUCUCGCAGAAACUCGACCCUGCGCGGUACAAGCUCAUUCUCAUCAACAAGCGUCCAUACUACGUCCACCUCAUCGCCGGCGCGCGCGUCACAGUCGCGGACGAGCCAGGGCUCGACGACCGCUCGCUCAUCCCGUACGACAAGCUCUUCGUCAACGGCAACGGCUCCUUCCUCCGUGGCAACGUCACCGCCAUCGAGGAGAGCGCCCCUGGCAAGGGCGGUGUCGUCGUCCUCGACGACGGCGAGCGCGUUCCAUACGCAGCCCUCUUGCUCGCUUCUGGUUCGUCGUGGUCCGGCGCGAUCAACUUCCCCGAGUCCGACGACGAGGUGCGCGAGCACAUCGCGGAAUGGCGCAAGAAGUACGCUGCCGCCCAUGAUAUCUUCCUCGUCGGUGGAGGCGCCGUCGGUAUCGAGACCGCGGGCGAGAUCAAGGACGCGUUCCCGAACAAGAAGGUGACGAUCGUGCAGAGCGGCAGCAUGCUCCUCAACUCCACGUACCCCGACAAGUUCCGCAAGAACAUCGAGCGGCGCGUGCGCCAGCGCGGCGUCAACAUCAUCUUCAACGAGUUCGUCGACGAGUUCCCCGCGCCGGGCGCAGUCGGCGUGCGCACGCGCAGCGGCAAGGAGUUCCUCACCGCGGAUCUCGUGGUCCCCACCUUCGGCGCGCGCCCGAACGCCGGCUUCGUUGCGUCGCUCGGCUCGGACGUGCUCACGGACGCCGGCUUCGUGAAGAUCAAGCCGACGCUCGAGGUCGUCGGCCACCCCGGCGUGUUCGCCGCGGGCGACAUCAUGGAUUGGAAGGAGCAGAAGCAGGCUGGGAAGGCGCCGGCUCAUAUUGGCGUCGCGGUCCCGAACCUCCUCAGCUUCCUUGCGGGCCAGCCGCAGAAUAAGGCGUACAAGGGCAGCAUCGAGAUGGUGGUCAUCCCCAUUGGCAAGUAUCACGGUGCGGGGUACUUCGAUGUGCUUUGGGGUAUCUCUGUUGGGAACUGGGUGACGAGCAUCCUCAAGGGGAGGGAGCUGUUCGUCGGCAAGGCGAGGACGGAUAGGGGAUAUCCGGCGUAG